UUUAACUUCAUUCGAUUUUGCUCGUUCAGAGAAGAAAUCAUAACCAUGAGUGGAAGAGGCAAAGGUGGCAAAGGACUCGGGAAAGGAGGCGCCAAGCGUCACCGUAAGGUGCUCCGCGAUAACAUCCAGGGUAUCACCAAACCCGCGAUCCGUCGUCUGGCUCGUCGUGGCGGAGUGAAGCGUAUCUCCGGUUUGAUCUACGAGGAGACCCGCGGAGUGCUGAAGGUGUUUUUGGAGAACGUCAUCCGUGAUGCUGUUACCUACACGGAGCACGCUAAGAGGAAGACUGUGACCGCCAUGGAUGUGGUGUAUGCUCUGAAGAGGCAGGGCCGCACUCUGUACGGCUUUGGCGGUUAAACUCAGUCGCCCUAAUCCAUCAAACGGCUCUUUUAAGAGCCACACACUUCUCUUUAAGAGCGUUGUUCUGCCAUCUUUGUUUUUGUUACUUUUUUACUGCCUUUUUGUGUUUUGUUUUGCACUCUGAAUAUCUUACACGCCAUUAGGUCAUGAGAAUUGUCAGGAAAUAUUGUACUGCAUGAUAGUUCCACUGGUGCACCUGAGGGAGACACCCGCCCAUGUUGAUGUGCGAGCAUUAGUCAUGGGAUUUCCGUCUCUUGUUAGAGACCCGGC